AUGUCUGCUGCUCCAUCAUCGGUUCCUAACCAGACUAUCAAACCUCAAACGAGGAUCGAAAAGCUUUUCCAAUUAACCAAAACUCUACAAUUUGCCUGGUUUUGCGGUCAUGCCAUAACAUUGGUCUUUUCAACUCUUUAUUUCAUAACUUAUUGUCCCAAGAUUUACAGGGUGGCUUAUGCUGGUGUGCUAGAAUCAUUUGGUAUUAUUACUUACCAACACUACUACUUGAAGCAAAGCUCUUUGCAGGAUAGAAGUUUAACACCCUCUGCGCUUUUACUCAACGAUGAUCUACUAUACUUUGGAAUGGCAUUUGUUUGGUUUAUUACACCACGUUUCGCACUAUCUCUAGUCCCAUAUGCUGUUUUUUCCCUUUUCCACGUUUUGAUUUACUGUAAAAGCGUUCUGUUGCCACAAGUGUUUGAUAUGAGCCCUGGAAGUAAAUGUGUUGGUGCCAUUUCCAAUUUUAUUCAUCAGUAUAAUGAAAGAUCCAUGUACUGGAUGGGGUCUGUGGAAAUCUUCACAUGGGUUUGGUUGACUCUAAGAGCACUGUUAUUCCGUAGAAGAUCAUGGAUCGUUUGGUUAUCCUACUCGUUUUUCCUCAAGGUCAGAUUUGAAAAUUCCAAGUACAUUAAAUCUUCAUUUGCUCAAUGGAGAGUCAGAUUGGAUGGUAUUGUUAGUCACUCAUCAGUGCCACCUAUGGUUAAACAAUGGUAUCACCGUUUUGAAGUUCUCUUGUUAAAAGUUUCUCGUUAUCGCCUAUCGAAGGACACUACAACUGCAAACCCAAGCCCAACAACACAGGCACCAAGACCUCAUUAUCAGUAA